AGUACAGUUUCACUUAGAUAAUUGUUUUAAUUACGAAAUGAUCACGGAGAUACGCGUAACAAAUUCGUAAAGUUACGCUGUUACUAAUUUCACGAUUCACUACUAGGCGGCACGCAGUUCGAAAUCGAACGUGUCCAGCGUGUCCGUCCUUCUUCACCCAAAGGCUUCACCCCGAAGUAUCAAACAAAGAUUUAGCCAUGUCGCAACGAUAACGAUACUUCGUGUGAAUCUGAACGAAAAAGAGUUCGUUACGGGCAGUUUAUUCGAAUCUUAAAGUCGAUAUAAAAUGAAACGUAAAUUACAUACAAUAGAGAAUUGUUCUUGAACUUUCGUUAAUCGUGUAAUGGAAUUAAUUGGCGCAGAAAUGAUACGUAAAAAUCAUAAAUAUUUAUGAUACUCACUAACUAAACUAAAGCCAACGAACUUUUCUUAUUCGUAAAUGAAACUGUAAAAUAUUUGGGUUAAAGAAAUAUAAUUUUGAACCCUCGACAAAGAACGUGGAUCAAAUUGUCGAAUCACUUAACUGCAGUGUUUCUGGAUGUACUGUGAUCGGCGACUUUUAUUUCCUCGUUUCAUGCAAAAUUCGAAGAGCGCUGCAUUUAUAUUUUUACAAAAGCUGCCUGUAUGAUAUGCAGAAUGGAAUCCGAAGGUUCAAUCGCUGUUAGUUUAGAUGCAUGUAGAGGGGAUUCGAUUUUGAUAGAAACUGUGAAGGAUAUGGUUAACGAAACUUCACAUACUGAAUUGGAAAAUGAAGAGGAAAGCUUCUUCGUGGUAUCGAAUGUUCAGAGUGAACAACAAAACGUGAUGGACGUUUCUAACGAUGAAACUGCUGCGAUUCAGUCCAAUGAACAGUUUUCAUGGUCUACUUUAUGUCGAGUCUGUGCUAAUACCAGUGAUCAUUUGAUUCCAAUAUUCGAAGGAGAAGGCUCGCAGCAUGACUUGUGUAAUAAAAUACACAAGUAUCUGCCUAUACAUAUAUCCGAAGACGAUACACUUCCACUGCAAUUAUGUUAUCAUUGCGCCGCCACGUUAUUGGCAUGGCACGAAUUAUUGGAAGGAUGUUUAAGUGCAGAAAGAAGAUUAUUAGAGAUGUAUGACGAAUCAUUAGAUAAACAGAGCUCUAAAGAAUUGGAAACCUCUCUUCAAGAUACGUCUAUAUCUAUAGCCGAGUCUUUCCAGCAACAGCAAGAAACUGUAAAGGCUGAAGUUCCUGAGGAGAUAACUGUUAUUGAUUCAGGCAGGUCCAGUAAUACACAGACACCGUUUACGGUGUUCCUAAAUACGCAGAAUGUAUUUCGGAAGCCACACAGAAAAAAGUGUCAAGAGAGACAAUCGACAAGCAACGGUGAUUGCGAUUCGGUAUGGAUCACCGUGAUGAAUUCAACGCUUGAUCAAUCCGCUAUAAUGUCUGAUCAGCUACAAGACAGUGACGCAAAAGAAGAGGAUUCUGAUGUAUAUAAAUUAGAGAGCUUAGAGAAACCGAGUGACGAGACGUACAAAUCGACAAACUCGUCGAACACAAAGAGUAGAAAGACGAGAAGGAAAUGUUCUAGCAAUUCGAAAGACUCGGAAGAUACUUGCAAACAUACAAAGUAUAAAACGAGCGUCGACGUGAAAGAGUCUUAUCAGUGCGGCGAAUGCAGAAAAUGUUUCAAGUUGAAAGAUUCUUAUCAGAGGCACAUGAGGAUACACACGGAUGAAAGGCCGUUCACGUGCCACGUCUGCGGGAAGCAGUUUAGAGAUUCCGGCGGCCGUUCUAGGCACUUGAAAGACGUACACGCCAAACUGAAGAAUUUCACGUGCGAUAUUUGCGGCAAGUCGUUCGCGUCGAGAGCUACGCGGGACGAUCAUCGCAGGACGCACACGGGAGAACGUCCCUACAUAUGCGACUCGUGCGGGAAAACGUUCAAGUCGAAAGCUUCGUUGUACAUCCACAGUAAAUUGCACACGAACGAGUUCCCGCAUCCGUGUUCGUACUGCAACAAGAAGUUUCGCAGGAGGCAGGAAAUGCUGGCUCACAUCACCACUCACACGGGGGAAAAGAAUUACGUUUGCGACGUCUGUUCAAAGAGGUUCCGAGUGAAAUCUGAACUCGUCAGGCACAAGUUGAUCCACUCCGAGAGUAAACCGUUCGUUUGCGUCAAAUGUGGCCUCGCCUUUCGACAGAAGCGUUACUUGAACAAUCACGUUAAAAGCAGACACAUUGAAAGUUUUCUACCGUGCUAGUUUGCCGCGACGAUUUUCUCGUUACGUUCUACAUUCCUCGAACCGGCCGGAAGCAUUUAAACCUGGUACAUUUGUUAUUGUUCCAGGUUUGGUCUACCUCAAAAGGAAUCUGCAGCACGCUACGAUAAAUCGAUCGAUAGAAAACAGAAUCCUAGUGACAGUGGCGA